AUCGAUCAUCAAACGAGAAGAACUGUCAACGUCAGAAUCUCGGUCCAGCUUCCAGUUCUGAAAGCAAGGUUAUCUUUAUUUAUCCGUGCAAAUAGCAAGCUUACAAGAGUUUUAAAUUCAAUUUCAAUUUGUAAAUAUGUCUGGCAAUGAUUGGGAAGAGGUUAAGCGCUUAGCAGCAGAUUUUCAAAGAGCUCAACUAAGUGCAACUUCACAAAGGUUGACUGAAAGGAAUUGCAUUGAAGUAGUUGCAAAAUUGCUGGAGUUGAAACUCUUGGACGUUUUAUUCACCAAUGAUGGAAAAGAGUAUAUCACUCCUAACCAUCUCAUAAAGGAGAUCAGGGAUGAACUUCUCGUUCGAGGAGGUCGCAUCAACCUUGUGGAACUGGCUGAAACACUGAAUGUGGAUCUGAGCCAUGUGACAGCCAGGGCGACAGAAAUCGAGCGAUCCGACGCUGGAGUGAAUAUCGUUCUGGGACAACUCAUCGACAAAACUUACACGCAUCGUGUAGCUGAAGAGAUCAACGACCAUUUGCUCGCUCAUGGACAGGUCUCCAUCGGCGAUCUUACUCGACAGUACGACUUGCCUUCUGAAUAUUUACAGUCGUUGGUUGAAAAGAAUCUCGGUAAGGUAAUCCUUGCCAAGCAAGAUAAGGAGGACCAUAGACUAUUUUUCACAGAGGCAUUUGUAACCAGAAACAAAUGUAUUGUAAGAGGUGCAUUGACAGCCAUAACACAGCCCACUACAUUGACAGCCAUCAUCAGUCAAUGUGGUCUCGAAAAGAAGGAUUUUCUUGUUGCCUUUGACAGUCUCCAUGAAUCUAAACAAAUCGCCGGUGUUCUCUCAAAUAGGCAGUCAAACACUUGUCUAUUCAUCCCACAUAUCUAUUCCAAGGCACAGAGCGAAUGGGUUAACAACUUCUACAAGCAGAAUGGAUACUUGGAAUACGAUGCCCUGCAAAGACUUGGAAUCUCGGAUCCAGUGAACUUUGUACAGAGAAACUUUUCAUCCGAAAAACUUCUUCAACUACCGACAUGUGCCGUUGGAAAGCAACUUCUCAGCCAAGUUGAAGCUUCAGUAGAAGAAGCUCUGGCUACUGGAUCAUGGCUCGAUGUCAUGCAAAUACUGCCUUCAGUAUUCGACGUAACCGAUGGAGAGGAAAUACUGAAAGCGGCGCUAAAGAACUGCGGCUCAUCGUCCGCCACGCACACAUUCUGCAACAGCUACCUGGUCACCGAUCAGUUUCUGCAGCAUCUCAUCAAGCCAAUCAGUGAAGAACUCGUGCACAAAAAAGCUGAACAGGCUGUAGUAUCUGGUGCUUAUCAACAAGCACAAAUCGAACUGAGAAACAGUAAAAAUACAUCGAAAGUUGAUGUAGAGGAAGAGAAAUUCGAUAAACGUGAUGAAAGAAGACGCAAAGCAGCUGUAGGCAAAGGAGGUGGUGGGACACAGGGAAGGGAGACGAAAACAAAAUCGGCAAAAAAGAAACACCAGAAGAAUCGUGUGGAAGAAUCAGAUUCGGAGGACGAAGUUGCUGCCAAGAAACAGGAGGCCAACCGACUGCUUCAGAUAAUCAGCAUUGAAGAAAUAAAGCCAAUCUUGCUCAGGGAACAGUCAUUUCAGGAUGAAGAACUUGAAGACUUUGUCAGUGAAAUUGCCGCCCACAUUCUACCGAUCGUUAAUAAAUCAGCGAUUGCAGAAGCUCAACAAAUAUUCGAAUCGCGAGUAGUAUCGGACACACAAUCUCGUCGCAAAGUACACAGUGAACUGCAAGAGAAGAUAAAUGCGUUAAUGAAUGACAUCAGGCUGUACGAGAAAGGCCUCAAACAGUUCCCUGUCAAGGACACUCAGGCUCAGUUGACCAAGUACCUGUUGAAAACAAUUGGUACCGAUAUUGUCAAUGGCAUCUUUUCGUUUGUCGCACAAGAAAAUUGCACGCAACACGAUAAUGUGAAGGAGUUGACAGUCGAGAUGAGACAAAAAAUUAGCUCUGAAAUUGGAAAGGAGCUGCGAGAUCCAUUAACAAAGUUGAAUAAGACUUUGGUUGGAAACUCUUUGGAGGAGUUUAUGACCGCUCUUGAGUCUGUGCUCUCCGGUGUCGAUCUAGUGAUACGCAAACCUGACAAGAAAAAGGACAGACCACAGAUGCUGGCGCACAAACAAGUUCUACUACAGCAGAUGAUGGGCAGUGAUGACCCGGCUCUUGCUCUACACCUUGCCACUCUGGUCAUCUUCCAAGUUGCAACACAGUCAAUGCUGCAUGCCUCAGGCCGCUUCGUCUCCACCAUUCUGCAGUUCUUGAGGAGUCAUUUGCCUGAAGACGACUAUCAGGUUCUACAGAAGUUCCAUGAUAUGGUAUUGAAACUUCUCACACUGAAAGACGAAGAUAAUCAAAUUGAAGAAAUCAAAAAGACACUAGAAGAAAAUAUGACGGCUGUGAAAAAUAUUGCCAACAAUUACAAGAAAUCAGCGAGCAAAGAUGACAAAGCAAGUUGAGGUCGAAGAGUAUAAAUAAUGGUUGUUUUGUUUUUAAUAAAAUAAUUCUAUCAGUUA